GAAGAAGAAUAUGUUGAUCUACAUGCUCUUGAUGAGAACAAUUGAUGGCAUGUUCAAACAUAAAGUAAAAAAAAAGAAAAAAAAGCCCGGGAAGAUGGCAGAAGAAAACAGUGCACCAAGCUGCUUAAAACUCGAGGGGAAAGUAUCUGUAAUCACAGGUGGUGCAAGUGGAAUAGGAGAAGCAACCGCACGUCUUUUCGCCAACCAUGGCGCAAUCGUUGUUAUCGCAGACAUACAGGACGAAUUAGGUCAAAAGGUAGCCGACUCAAUAGGCUCAAAUCGUUGUUCCUACUUCCAUUGUGACGUCUCCGAUGAAGAAGAAGUAAUUUCAUGCAUCAAUUUCACCACAGGUACUUACGGUCAAUUGGACAUAAUGUUCAGCAACGCGGGAGUAGUGAGUACCUCAAAUCAGACAGUUCUAGAUCUGGACCUAGCACAAUUCGACCGCCUUUUUGCAAUCAACGCGCGUGGUGCCGCAACAUGCGUGAAGCACGCGGCGCGUGCAAUGGUGGAGAAGCGUGUGAAAGGAUGCAUCAUUUGCACAACGAGCGUGGCUGCCUCAAAAGGAGUGAGUAUGCGGACAGAUUACGCAAUGUCAAAACACGCCGUCUUAGGAUUAGUACGGUCAGCUAGCAAGCAGCUGGGUGUGUACGGAAUAAGAGUGAAUUGUGUAUCCCCAUCUGCCAUUGUGACUCCCUUGUCAAAGAGGUCACCAGAGGAAGCGGAAAGGAUUUUGAAGGUAUACGCGGGGUUAUCGAGUUUGAAAGGGAUCGAGUCAAGCGUUGACCAUAUAGCGGAAGCCGUGUUGUUUCUUGCUUCGGAUAGUUCGUGUUUUAUAACCGGACAUGAUCUUGCGGUCGAUGGUGGGUUGUCAAAACUGCCGGAUGCAAAUGAUUUUAUCUUGUACAAUGUUUGAUAUAUAUAUAUGGAUAAUGAUAGUACUCGUGAUAACAAUAAUGACAACAAUAAUAUAUAUGGCUUUGAUUACAAUAUAUCACAUGGUGUUCUUUUUGUACA